GGGAGAGAGAGAGAGAGAAUGGGAGAGCUCUCUCUUUCUCUCUCUUCCGGGCCGGCGAUUUGAGGAGGAGAGAGAGCAAUAGGUCGAGGGGGUGAAAUGGAGGACAAGGAGGACGGGGUGAUGGCGACGGACUUCUUCUGGUCGUACACCGACGAACCCCACGCCUCCCGCCGCCGGCUCAUCCUCUCCCAGUACCCUCAGAUCCGAGAGCUCUUCGGCCCCGACCGCUGGGCCUUCCUCAAGGUCACUGCAGUUGUUCUGCUUCAGCUAUGGACUGCAACCUACCUCCAUAAUGCAAGCUGGGUGAAGAUGCUAGCAGUUUCAUAUUUCUUUGGUGCCUUCCUAAACCACAACCUCUUCCUAGCCAUCCAUGAACUCAGCCACAAUCUAGCCUUCUCAACCCCAUCUUACAAUCGCUGGUUAGGAAUCUUCGCCAACCUUCCUAUUGGUGUUCCUAUGUCCAUCACAUUCCAAAAGUACCACUUGGAGCACCACCGUUUCCAAGGUGCUGAUGGUAUUGACAUGGACAUCCCCAGCCAUGCUGAGGCCCGUCUUGUUACAAGCACCAUCACUAAAUCCAUUUGGGUCCUGUUCCAGCUCUUCUUUUAUGCUCUUAGACCACUUUUUCUCAAAGCCAAGCCCCCCGGUUUGUGGGAAUUCACCAAUUUCACAAUCCAGAUUGCUCUAGAUGCCAGCUUGGUCUACUUCUGGGGGUGGAAAUCAUUUGCUUAUCUAAUACUUGCAACAUUCGUCGGCGGUGGCGUACACCCAAUAGCAGGUCACUUCAUCUCGGAGCACUAUAUUUUCAAUCCAGACCAGGAGACAUACUCAUACUAUGGGCCCUUGAAUCUGAUGACAUGGAGCGUGGGAUACCAUAAUGAGCACCAUGAUUUCCCUAGAAUCCCUGGGAACAGGCUCCACAAGGUGAAGGAAAUAGCCCCGGAGUACUACAACAACUUAAAGUCAUACAGAUCCUGGAGCCAAGUGAUAUACAUGUAUAUCAUGGGCCGAACGGUAGGACCAUACAGCCGAAUGAAGAGAAAGAUAUCCAAGGAUGCUGGGGUGACCAAGAAAGAUGAGUAGGGUUGCCAUUUUACAUUUCUUUUUGUUGAUUGCAGCCUUGCAGGUACUGCUAUUCUUUUUAAACUAAUGUUCAAAGUCUGGAGCCAUUUAUAAUGGGCAGUGAUGAAAGAGUAAGAUACAUCUUAAUUCAACCAAUUUGAUUGCAUUUCUCAUA